CCCCAAUCCAAGGUGGGGUGGCUGAUGAACAAGGGGGCCAUCAGGGAGGACCCCUUCAGCCAGGGGUCCCUGGCCCACCACAGCUGCAAACAUGGGACUCGAUGAGUUGGAAGAAGUCCCUUCCAAUCCGGCGUAUCCCAUGACUCCGCGACAGCCGGCUGCCAGGGCCAGACGUUACCUGGCAACAAGCGACACCACAAACACAGGCACGUGCGACCGGGGCUCAGGAAGGCAGAGGAAGAGGCGGAAGGAGGCUGCUAGCUGCCCACAUUCCUAGCUGCAGCUUCCUUCCGAGCACAGAGGAAGGACAGGUGCUGUGUUUUCGGGCAGAGCAGCAGCCAUGGCCUCAGUCAGCCUGUUACAGCUGCUGGAUGACGCCAUCGGGACGCCCGAAGUCAAUGUUAACUUGGAGGCGCUCCGCAAACUGCUGAAGGUCAUAUUGGGACACCUGAGCCUGCUGGGUCUGCAGGACGUGAUCCCCCAGGAGGGGGCCCAGGAAGCCUCGCCUGCCCCGGGGCAGAGCCAUCCCGCCACAUCACGCACCGGUCCGCCAGAGGAGGAGGGCGGGACCGGCACGGAGGCUGGAGCAUGGGACACAGGGCAGCCGUCCCAGCUGCCAGGGGAGCAGCCGCCCGAGAAGGAUGAGGUGCAGGGGACCAGGAGCGGCUCUCCUGUCACCUCGAUGGUUGCCGACAUGGGACAGAUGGAGAAAACUGAAGCCAAAGAGAGUGGCAUCUCUAAGGCCGCUGCUCUCUCCCAGGAGCCCCACAAGGAGAUGGCUGGGAUUAGGACUGUGCAGUCCAUCAUGGGAAAGGAAAUUCAGAGGAUCAAGGAGGCACUUGGCCAGACCACAGAUCUCUGCAAGGAUCUCCAUAAGGAGAUCAAUGAGAUGAAGGCCACACAAUCCCGCAUGGGAGAAGGCAUCCGGAUGAUCCAGGAAGCACUUGGCCAGGUCCUGACUGCAGUCCCUCUCCAGGGGAACCUCCAGGAUGCUGCUGGCCAGCCACUUGUCCUCCACGACCAGCCUGCCCCUGCCAAGCCCCACACUUCGGACAUGGACAAGCUGGGGCAGAGCCCUGGUACCCAGAGCACCACCCCUGGGAUGCAGACAGGGACCCCCAGUGCCCAAAGUGGCACCACUGGGACACAGCCUGGUUCCCAAGAAGGCCUUCCAGCUACGGAGAGCAUUAUCAGAGACCCAUCUGAGCUCCAGGGCCAGAUGUCCACCCUGCAGAACCUGGCCAGAGAUCUGCAGGGUGAGAAGGAAAAGAUCAGACAGCUGCAGGAUGCCCUUGGAAAGCUGGAUGUGACUGUAGCCAAGUGCGAAGUGGAUGGCACCAACAAGAUCCCCCUACAGCUGGAGUCUGCACUGCAGGAGAUUAAGCAGGAGCAGAAGGAGCUGAGAGAGGAGCAGAAGAUUACCAAGGCCACACUGAAGCAGCUGGUCACAGCUGACCAGCUUCAGGAGCGGCUGAAUGAGUUGAGGGCAAUGAUGGAGACUGUGGGUCAGCAGCAGGGAGAGUCACAGGCAGUGUGCCCCGACAGCAGCUCAGACAUCAAGCUUGUGAGGAAGCUCCUACACCGCUGUGAAAGGCUCCAGCAGCAGGUGGACUCUCUGGUGCCACACCAGGUGCAGAGGUCACUGCCACAGGAAACCCAGGAUGAGGAGCUGCUAAAGAGCAUCCAGGCCACUGUUGUGCGGGUGGAAGGGGACUGCGAGCAGCUUGGCUAUGUCACAGGGAGCCUCCGGGAUGACCAUCGCCAGCAUCAGAAAGAUAUCGAGGCUCUGUUCCGGUCCCUGGAGGGUCUUGAGAAGAAAGCAGACAAGGAGGACCUGCUGUUGCUGAAAGUGGACAAAGCUGCCCUGGGCAGCAAAGUCAGUUGCGCCCAUUUUGAUGCGAGCAUGGAGCGUCUGGAGGAGAGGAUGCGGGAGUUGCUGAGACGGGUGUUAGGUCAGGAGCAGCGCUGGCAGGAGGCCCAGCAGCGGUUCAGUGAUGCCCUGGACUCCAAGCUGGAUCGCCUGGAGCUUGGGCCUUUCCGGAAGCAGCUAGAGGAUACCUGGGCAAGGAUCAUUAAAGAUCUCAAGGAUGAGUUGUCGGUAGAGAUUGAUGACGCUGCUGGAAUUAAGCAGCGGCUGCUGGUCCCUUACAAGUGCCUGUCCUGCGACCGGCAGCUCAACAUGCAUGUGCCUGGCCCGCACAUUGACACACUGCCGCUCUUUCCACCGCUGCCUGGCAGCCACACUGCACACCCCUCUACCAUCACCACAGAGGAGCAAGCACAACAGCACGGUCACAGGAAGCUGGUCAAUAGCAAGUUCCUCAAGUCGCAGAGCUGCAAGGGUCAGGACACAUCCAGUGCACCACUCAAGGCUGUCCUACACCUCUCCAAAAAGCCUGGCAUGACUGAGCUGCUGGGUAUGGAUGACCACAUGGAUCAGGGCCAGGAGCACAGGCCUGAGGUGGCAAAGAGGGCACAGGAUAAGCUAGGCCCCACCACCUUAGCAGAGCACCAGACAGCUUCUGACCUCAAACACUGAUCCCGGGCACUGCAGCAUUUGCUGCAAAUCCAGUCCCCCUGGAUGGAGCCAGCAGCAAAGCAGCUAGCUGGGACUGGAUGCUUGGAGCCCUGCAUGAAGAAAAGACUGGGACAGCUGCCCAAAGAGAUUUCUUUUCAAGCUAAUAAAAAAAAUGUAACCUGCUGUGUUUGA